GUGUUUUGAUGACACCAUCACUGGGACUUUCCGGAUACGUCAUUCGGGGCUUCCGAGUUAUUAAGCUAGCUCUACCUCUGUGUUCAUGUCGUUAGACACUGUAAACGUCGCCUCGUUGCUCUGGAGUACACAACAAAAGAUACCAUGAAAACACCAAAGGCUCCCAACAGCGCCGAGAGGUUUGAAUAUUGAGACGUCGUUGUCGGGAGCGACGGUCAGACUGAGAGGCGGAAUGUCAACAACGCGGCCUCUACUCGGAAUGAGACGAGUCACCGAGCUAACGUGCGCCGAGCAGCCGGCCAGCAGGCUCCCUGCGUCAGCCGGGAGGCUGCAGCUAGAGGGCCCCACUGUGGACGAGUUUACGGUGCUAGAGGAGAAAGAAGAUGAGCUGAAGUGUGCCAAGCCUCGAGUGGAGCAGGUUUUUAAAGUAACAUUCACCAUUAUCGGUCUGUUGGACCACACGGGACAGCCGCACGGCAGCAAAACAUCACGGCAGAUAUGGCUGCAGCUCCGAGGGAACAGAGACGACGUGUCGAAGGCAAAGGAAUAUGUUCGAGGACUCUGUGACCCAGAGCUACAGAAAGAAGAGAGGUACCCGGUAGACAUGCACUGUAUUUUUGCUGGGGCCCGGGGCCUCUUCCUGGAAAGGCUCAUACGCGACACAAGUGCUGAAGUCGUGGUGCCUGAGCCGGGCCGCCUGCGGUUGUUGGGCCGGGCUGAACCCGUAGUGAUGGCCCAGAGCAGAGUUCAGCAAUUCGUAGCACUAUUCCAGGAAAAGCGAAGUCUGCCGAGUGACACAGAGCCCACAGUGAAGCGAGCGUUCAAGUCCUUUGUGGAGGAAAGGGAUGACAAGUACACUAUGGAGCUUCUUCUGCUGCCCAGUGCCCUCAAGGAAGAGUUACUGGGACUGGCUCAUAGCCCCACUACCACAAACACAUCCUCCCUGAUUCAGCUCAACCAGACGCUGCAUCCCAGCAUGGCCGAGGUCGACCAGGACCGCUCGCAGAGUAGCACCCCCGUGACGGAGCUCUCCAACCGCAUACUCGGCGCCAGCUUUGAGGAGAAAGGGAGCGGCGCAGCAUCUGUCGGAGGAGGUGGUAAAGCAGCAGGAGCAAUGGGCUCGGGUCCUGAGGCCGUCCUGCUCAACGGCACGCGGCCCUCGCACAAGCGGCGCUCCUCUGAGAGCGAGAAUCGUGACACAAAGAGACAGUACUCCCUGGAGCGGAGGGAUGAGUCGCCGGAGAGGGCGAGAGAGAGGGAGCGACAGAGAGACAGGGAGGGCCGGGGGGGCGGUAGCAGAUCCAAAACGCCCUCGGCUUCAUCCUCCCUCUCCUCCUCCUCCCUCUCCUCCUCCUCCUCCUCCUCCUCAGGAAAAGCAAACACAGUAGCCGGUGCGCUCAUGUUGGACUCAAGUGAAGGAGUCUCAGAUGACGGGGAGGCAGUCAGCCCAGAAACCAACCUCCGUUGCUUGGUCAAUUUCUUCAGAACCAUGGGUUACCAGCAGGAAGUGGUCGAGCGCAUCGUCAAGGAGACGGGACAGACGGAAGAUACCUUCCUCGUUCUGGAGAAGAUCGUCGAGGAAACCAAACGUUGUGAAGCGGGGUCAAACGGAGGGGAAAAAGAAAGACUGUUGAACUCUGUGCGCCCUCCAGACGCUCCCUCCUCAUCUUCCUCCUCUCUGGUCUCUCGAUUCCGAGACAAGGAGCGGGAGCUGAGCAGAGCGUUGGUGGACCAGGGCCGGUCUAAAGAGAACAUUAAGCCCAACCAGCACGGAGGCAGAAGCAACGGUCUGGGGCACCGGAGGCAGUGCAGCAGCAGUGAGACCAGCACUCAGCAGGCCAUCACCAUCAAGAGGAGCUCUAGUGCUCAAGGAGGCGCAGGAAACUACGAGGUUAUUACCAUCGACGACGACGACGACGUCCUCAUGCACAGCAGAACAGCGGAUAGUCGGACGUCCCGGAUGAUGACAGUGCCACACCUGGACACCCAGUCCGGAUCCAGAACAGACUACUUAGCGCGGGGAGGGGACAGUGCCUCGCACAGGGACUACAUGUCGAGGGGCGGGACUCAGACGUUGGGGGGAGCAGUGAAAGUUGAGACUGUGACGGCGCUGCGCAGCACGCCUCAGUGGUUCACGGCCACCACCACCUCCUUAACACCGACCCCCAGUUCGGCUCAGCCCAUCCCCCGGCCCUCGGCCUCUCCCUAUCAGACCAUCGGCCACAUGGGGUUCCACGGGGUCGGAGCCAGGACCCCUCCUGCGAACGACCCCCCCGCGCCCCCGGUGACCGGUUUCGCUCGUUUCAAUCAGUCGCUGCGGACUCCCUACGCUCUGAAGUUGCCAAAUGAGCCGGGACGUCCGGAGCUCAGGCACAUCAUCAUAGACGGCAGCAACGUGGCUAUGGCGCACGGCCUUCACCGCUUCUUCUCCUGUCGAGGAAUAGCGCUGUCUGUGGAGACCUUCUGGAGGCUGGGUCACCGGGAGAUCACCGUCUUCGUCCCCCAGUGGCGUCAGAAAAGAGACCGAUUCACAACAGAGCAGCAUUUUCUAAACCAGCUAGAAGACCUGCGACUGCUCUCCUUCACUCCCUCCAGAGAGGUGUGUGGCCAGAGGAUAUGCUCACAUGAUGACAGGUUCCUGCUCCACCUUGCAGAAAAAACAGACGGGAUCAUCGUAACCAAUGACAACCUGAGGGACUUUGUCGACACCUCGGACACCUGGCGCAAGAUCAUUCAAGAGAGGUUGCUUCAGUUUACUUUUGUGGAGGACCACUUCAUGAUCCCUGAUGACCCUCUGGGGAAAAACGGACCUCAUCUCAACAUCUUCCUGUGUAGAGACAACAGGAGGGCUCCAGUCACCCCUCCCCCUCUGAGACCCCCGGACUUCCGGCCGGCCUCCCAGCAGCAGCAGCCGCUUUACGUCCAGGCCCUCCACUCCGCUCCUCGGCCCCCCGCCUCCACGCCUCGGCCCCCUGCCUCCCUGGUGCCCCACCCCCCCACUGUGCACUGGCCCCACUCCGGUCCCCCCGAAUGGCACCCACCCCGCCACUCCCAUUCCCUCUCGCCCUCACCCCCUCCCCAGCGGUCGCCGGGGGAGACGUCGGAGCUGAAGAGGAAGCUGUACGACAUCUUCCCCGACCAGAAGCAGCGGAUCGACCGCAUCCUCAGCGACAACCCGUACAUGAGAGACCUGAACGCCCUUUCUGGGCUGCUGCUGGGAUAAAUAUCUGGCUCACGGACAAUCAGCAGACACGCGCAGUACAUAUGAACACAUGCAAGAAUAUGCACGUGUCGGCAUAAAAAUAAUUUAUUUCACCAUUUCUUCUAGCCUGGAGGUCAUGUGAAGUUUUUGAUUUUAUUAUUAUUUUCCACAAUGACCGAUUGGCAAAAAGUCUUUUUCCGACUGAUAUUUUUCUCGCCCUGCUCUUUGCUCUCAAAUCGAUUACGGUGAACAACGCUGGUGUCUACAGAGCCAAAAUGUUAACACAUCGCCAUUUAAGUCUUUUUGGUUCCGAUGGUCAUACAUCAUUGCAGAUCCUUGACAAACAGUCCGGAGGUUCCUUGAAUGUGGGAUCAACAGCGGUGAACUGGUCACACUGGUGCCGGUGGCUCGAGCUCAGUGCUUGACGGGUUUCCUCUCCUUGUUUACCAUCAGACUCUAACACGUCUCUGAAUACACAAUCGCUGAGCUUUUUAUGGCUACAAAUUGGGACAUAGACAGGUUUUGCAUAUUCUUACGUUUUCAACAUAUUAGUUCUACACUUGUUAUGUUCUGUAACAGUACAAAGUUUAACUCGAUGUCAGUGAGCAGUUUCAGCAUUCGAUCAUCGACAGUACUACUUUUUUUGGGCAGUGUACUUCUAGGAAGCAAGAUGAGAUCACUAGCUUUAGCAUCAUAAAAUCACUAUCAGUGACAGUUGAUGUUGGACAGAAAUCCCCAAAAGUCAUGUUUGGAUAUUAGACACAACUAACCACAUUAGGCAUGUGUACGGCCAGUAUUUUUAAGCUAUAUAGAUGGGCAGUUAUGACCAUGUAUAGUCCUCUCAUUAUUUCUGAUUUAGCUCACUAUAUGUAUUUUACAGGCUGAAUUAUUCUCACUUAGCAAUCCAUUUCUCAUAUUAAAGCAGAACUGCCCAUCUCUAUCCCUUUGAAACAUCCUGGCCUUCGCUCCUCAAAUGAUUUCCUGACUGAAUCCGACAUCACCAAUUCUUUACCAAAUGUCAAAACAAUGACAACUAACUUGUUAAAAAAAAGUAUCAUUCUUCUUCAGUCAUACAUCUUGUGUUUGAUGAUUUAAUAUCAUUGAGGAUGCUUUACCGUAGAAUUUCAUUGUUUGGCAGAAAUGUGGCUCAAUAAUCGGACGUGUUUGAGUGGCAUCACUAUGACAUAACCCCAUCCCCACGUCCUCCAUCACCGGAGACGUGUUCUAAAUGAUCUCUGAAAAGCUGCAGAAGAACUCGGGUGCUGAAACUGAAUUUGCUGCUCUGGUUAGAGAUGUGGUUGAAUGUGUCCCCAGAAUCAGUUGUUCCAGUUAGACACUUUAAACCUGUGUUUUCAGGAGGAUGUGGUCACUAGUUCUACAUUAGCGUUCUCCGUUUGUAAGUCCACCGCACUACAGGAGUUUGGAUUUAUCAUUUAAUUGAUUGAGUUAAAGAAUCCACUUUAAUUUGAAAUCGCACACCAUACGUUUGCUCGGCAGAAGAAAAAUCUUGCAAAGGCAUAUUUUCAUGUUACAUUUGUAAUUAGUGUUUAAUAGCUGAAUUGAAUGCACUGAAGGUAAGUAAUGGUGUAGUGACUAAAGCAACGUUCCAUCGAUGAAUCGUCGGAGGUCUUGUGGUGUUUUUUUUACCCGGGCCGCAGCUUGCAUAUUUGAUGUGCAUCUGAGUUUUAUAAUAUACACACAUUUUAUCUCCUUGUAAGAGAAAAAGAAUCUCUGCACAACAAUUUUACAAGGUGUCUAAAAGUAAGUUUUGUUUGUACUUGCUAUGUUGUUGAACGGAUUACUGAAGGAUUUUCUGUUUUUGUUGUAUCAUAAUUCUUUUGUGUAUAUCGAUUUUUCUUUUUUGUAAAUAGAAGCAUUUUUGGCUACGGUGCCCAUCUGGUUUUAUGUAUGUGGGAAAAAAGGAAAUAAAUACGGUAGUCCCCAUAAACCUUUUUUUGGGAGUGUAGUUUUGUGUUUGUUCACAUGUUCACUCAUCUACCAUGUUUCAAAUUGUUGUUCCUUCAAUUCAUUUUUCAGAGGCAACAAUACUGUGAUGACAAAAGGUUAAGAAUCACACAUUCAAAAGAAAGUUUGCGACGUUUUGGGUAAGGUGCUCGUGCUUUCUUUCAAAGAGCUUUAUUAAAAGACUGAUAUCACUCUUCUGGACAAGAAAUGGUCUUGCACAUAACCACCAGUGAAGGUGUUAAUACAAUAACCCUUUAGAGGUGCUGGUAUUAUGAUUUUAAUACCUGUGACCAGAGUCAGGACAGCAGUUUCCCCGCUCCUAGUCUUUAUGCUAAGC